GGAAAGAGAGUCUCAACCACAAUGUUAGGUUAUGUUUCUGACUAAGAUGGUACCUGUGGACUGACGGACCAACAGAUGGCUCUGGAGUGAGGAAUGGAAGAGAAUCCUGUUUACUGAGAGUAAGCCUUUACCCUGAAACAAACCAGCCGGCGCAGGCAGAAUUGCAGAUUUAGCCAAACAGUGCAGGAGCCGAGAGUUUUACCAACCUAUUUGAAAAACAAAAAAGGACUAUUUUAGAACACUACAACACAUUCUGGAACAGUGCCUGACAAUCUGGGUCUGCACAGGACAUUAGAACAAGACAGAAUAUUGUAGAACCAGACAGAACAUUCUAGAACCACAGGGACCUGAGGAUGAAGAACCUUCUGACCACCCAAAACCAGAACUGUUACCGGGAACAGAUUGAGAAGGAGUGUUAUGCCCGCCUAGCCUGGAAGAACCGCUAUGGACAAGAUUACCCAACCUGCUUUGUGUCACGCAGGGCCAAGGAACCACUCCCUAAACUCUCCCAGAUCACUGCCCAGAACAGCACCACCAAGGCCAGCACCACCAAGGCAAGCCUGCCACCUGUGCUGUCUACCCUGGAGAAGAGAGAGGCCGCGGGGCCCCAGGACAGGUCCUUCAGAGAGGUCCCCCUGAUGAGGCCCGUGACACCCCAGACCCAAGAGACUCUGUACCAAGGCUUUUCCAAGGAGGGCAAGGGCCGGAGCCGUUAUCUCCACGCACGUACCCGAAAAGCCCCAGAGGAGAAGUUUGAUUAUCCUCUGCUGUCAUCCUGGGACUAUGGAUGGAGGCUGGGUGAUUCUGGAAGGGAGUACAGGUCACCUGCCAAUGGGAGGUCAGGAGUUGUGAAGAAUGCUUUUUAUGCCAGAAAUGGAAUCUUCAAUUGUACCUCUGAAUCUGAUCGCCUUGGAUGA